UUAAGAGAAAGAAAAGACAAGAUCAGAAAAGACUAUCAAAUAUUAAAUUAGACUGCUGCCAUUUCUCUCACCGAUCUGUGUCCCGAUUCCGACUUUUCACGAAAAUGGCGAAAGCGAGAUACUCACGAAUUACAGCACGAAAAUCACCGUCAUCGACACUUACACUAACUCUUCUAUUAACGUUAACUUUCGUGAUUUUAAUUCUUCUCGCUCUUGGAAUUCUCUCGAUUCCGAGCACUUCUUCUUCUGAUUCGUCGCGUAAAGCUAACGAUCUCAGCUCCAUCGCUCAUAAUAGCAAAAUUCACGAGAGUGGAGAUGAUGAAGGCAAAGCAGAGCAAUGGGUAGAGGUUGUCUCGUGGGAGCCGCGUGCUUUUAUUUAUCAUAAUUUUUUGACCAAAGCGGAAUGUGAUUACUUAAUCAAUCUUGCAAAGCCACAUAUGCAAAAGUCGAUGGUUGUUGACAGUUCAUCGGGGAAGAGUAAAGAUAGUAGAGUGCGUACGAGUUCUGGAACAUUUCUACCGAGAGGUCGUGACAAAAUCAUUAGAGAUAUUGAGAAAAGAAUUGCUGAUUUUAGCUUUAUUCCUGCAGAGCAUGGCGAAGGGCUUCAAAUUCUCCACUAUGAAGUUGGGCAGAAGUAUGAGCCUCACUUUGACUACCUUAUGGAUGAUUAUAACACCGAAAAUGGGGGUCAACGCAUAGCCACUGUUCUCAUGUACCUCUCAGAUGUUGAAGAAGGGGGCGAGACUGUGUUUCCUUCUGCCAAGGGGAACAUUAGUUCAGUGCCUUGGUGGAACGAGUUAUCUGAAUGUGGAAAGGGGGGGCUCUCUGUUAAACCAAAGAUGGGUGAUGCAUUGCUGUUCUGGAGUAUGAAACCUGAUGCCUCUCUAGAUCCAUCAAGUUUGCAUGGUGGUUGUCCUGUGAUUCGAGGUAAUAAGUGGUCAUCAACAAAAUGGAUGCGUGUGAAUGAGUACAAGGUCUGAAAUACUAUCAUGAAGGUGACCACAUCGUAUUCCUGUAAUUUGCGCUUCCCAAUAUAGAUGCUCAAACGCUGCUGACGGUUUUUACUUGAAGAUGCAAUCUUUGUAUAUAACCAACACUUUCUUGCCGUAAAUUUUGAUAAUUUCCACCGUUGGGGCAUGGUACCCCAUGCUCUCAGGAGUCUGAUAAAAUUAGUCCGAAAUUUUUUUGUUCUAGCAGAGUGAGUUUCCUUCACAUUUUCAGUUGCUGUUAGAAAGACGCCCUAAUUUAUUUAUUUAUUAGAACUAAAAUAGAUGCAUUCAUUAUUCGAUACCUUGUAAAGUUCUGUGGA